GUGGGAUUGUGGAAAGAGGGAACCGUACAAAGAAGAUAACGCUAACGCGGUGACCCUUUUUGUCUGUUCACAUUAAAGAAUGGAGAAAGAGGGAUGAAAGAAGAUUUUGGGAAGGAAAUAUAAAACAUUUAUUCAUUGUCACCAAAUUUUGUUCCCUGCAAGAGAGAGAAGAAGAAGUUGUUGGGUUGAGUUGGGUUUGGAUUGGAUUUCUAAUCUAAUCUAUACCUUUCUUUUUCCUAUGCUUUUAAGGCACAAAUCCUUCUCCCUUCUCUCUUCUUUCUUCUUCUUCUCCUGACCCUUAUUAUUAUUCCUUGCCCUUACCCUUUAGGCAAGGGAAGGAAGAAAGAAUAACUAUAUUAUUAUCUUUAUUGUAAUCUAUCUUUUUAUUAUAAUUAUAAUUAUAAUUAUUGUUGUUAUUAUUCCUUAAAUAUGGAUUCGCCGUGUCUCUCCAACGAUUCGGUUUCUGGAUUCAAAGACAAGGAGUCAAUGGUUGACCCCUUUUUGGUCGAGGCUCUCCAGAACCCUCGUCACCGCCUCACCAUUUUGAGGAUGGAGCUGGAGAUCCAGAAGUUUUUGAAUAAUGCUGAUCAGCUGCAUUUUGAGUUUCAUCAUUUCCCUUCUUCCUAUCUCCGACUGGCUGCACACCGUGUUGCUCAACACUACAACAUGCAAACAAUGGUUCAAGAUAAUGGCUUAGAUGGCCAGGGAAGUAAAAUUCUGGUUAGGAAGUUACCUGAAAGCAAGUACCCUGUAGUUCGAUUAUCCGAAAUACCUGCUAAGCAGUUGGAAAAUGAUAAAUCUGAGCAGAAAAAAAUUGUUAUUAGAACUAGGCCUAAUAAAAACAGUUUGAAUGAUGCUAACGGAGUUGGGAGGAAAGGAAACCCUUUAAGAAGUGUGGAAGAAAGGAAGGAGGAAUAUGACCGGGCACGGGCACGUAUCUUUAGUAGCCCUAGAAGCUCUGAAUCAGGUGAUACCUCAUCCGUGGUUCCAAUGGAUGGGAGAUAUUCUUCUACUAGCAAGGAUGAGAAUGAAACUAGCAAGAACCCCAUGGCUGAUUCAGAAAGAUAUAUCAGUACCAGGGAUAGUUGUUCGACUCGAGUUGCCAUACUCAGAGAUAGGGAAAAGGAUCGUAGUGAUCCAGAUUAUGACCGUAGUUAUGGAAGGUAUGCUAGGAGUAUCCCAACCUCUGCUGUUAACUUGGUGCCAUUUAACUUGCAAAAAGCUCAACCUUCAUUUGCUCAAUAUGAUGCUACGUUUAAUCAGUUAGGUCAGAUGUCACAAACUCAGGCCUCACUUGGCUAUAUACCUCCUUCAACCCCGAUAAUGGGUCCUUUUGGCACCACAGGAUUAAAUCAGACAUCUAGUGAGGGUGUUUACCUACAGUGGCCUAGUGCUGCAAUGAUGUAUGCACAUUCAUACGACCAAUUUAGACAUGCUGUUUUCCAGGCUCCAUUUGGUCAACAGCCGUUGAGCUUUGACUAUUCACAGAACUAUUAGAUGACAUUUAGAGGAGAAUAUUCAAUUUGGAUGAAAAAGUUAUGUUAGCUUUUUUAAAAUUUCAUGUUAGGUUCAUUUGUCAGUGCUGUCAGAGACCCUUAUUGUGUUUCAGUUUUGAUGGUUAUAGUAAAUCGUUGGGUACUUCUAAUGUGACAAAUUUAUAAAAUAGUGAAUUGUAGUGUAUUACUGGAUUUACAAUAUAUGAUAAGGUUUCUGUGGUGGUUUUAUAA